GUAAACAAGGAAUGUUCCGAGUGGUGCAGGUGCUAUGUCGGUGUGUUUAAAAUUAGCAACAAUAGCUCAGUUUAACGUUAGGAUUAGAAUUUUGGCUCAAUUAUUUAUGAUGUGAUUUGUUGUCAGAUUAGUAUGUCAUUGUUCGUAGCUUGUAUUAAUCUCUUAAUAAAUAUUAGAAUGACAUGAAAUUAUAGGUUAUUGUAGGUAAUGUAAAUGCUUUGCGAUGGCUCCAACAAAUGAACAACAGCAGGCCGUUAAAGAUGAAAACAGUAAGGAGAACAAAGAGAAAGGGAAGAAUGCUAACAAUGACAUAGAACAUGUUAAGUCAAGAGCUGUCGUCAAGUAUUCUGCUGUCCAAGUGCCUUCAAAUUUUGCACGUCUACAAUGCAAUACCGACCUCAAUUUGCCGCCAUCCAACUGGCUUACAAGUUCUGCGGAGUCUUAUGGGCUUCAACAUGUUCUCUCAAAAUCCACAGGUUUUUCCAGUUUCCGGAUGGCGCAUAUGUUUCCGGACUGUAUGGGCGAGGUCGAUGUGGUAUCUGAUGCAGAGAACAUCAAGAAACUUCUAAAAAUACCAUACAGUAGGGAUGCGGUGAGUAUGAUGGUGCAUUGCAUUGAGAAGACAUUGCUCAUUGAUGAGUUUGAUAUCCACAAACAUCUGCUCCGCACGUCAGAGUCCGAUUGGGAAUGGUUACGCAAAUUCUUUGUUGAACAGGUUCUUCAGACUCUAAGUGAAAAGGAUGUUGGUAUCUCUACCAAGAACAAGAGCAGACAUGCUCUUCAGCAGAGAGCUCUGGUAUCCAAGUUCCUACAUUACAGCCUUGCCGAGCCGGAGCAGGAGAAUGAGCCAGUAGCAGGGCCGUCUCAUGAUCAACAUUCUCAGGAAACUCUUACCAAGAUCUGGCCGCCUCUACCUGAGCCUAGACUGGAGGAAGAGACGCCGGAUCCAGCCACUGAACACACCUUUAACCGCAAUGUCGUUUGGACUUUCGAGGAUAUCCAAAUGCUCUUGGGAACAGAUCUCCCAAUAUUUGGUGGCCCCACCCAUCCUUGCAUCAGUCUCAGGCUCAGAGAUAUGGCCAAGCCAAUCAGUGUAUUGACUGGGAUUGACUACUGGUUGGAUAACCUGAUGUGCAACGUACCUGAGGUGAUUAUGUGUUUCCAUCUGGACGGAAUUGUGCAACGCUAUGAACUAGUCAAGACCGAGGAUCUGCCACAGCUGCCUGACUCACAGUUCUCGCCCAAUAUCAUCCGUGACGUAGCACAGAACAUACUGUCUUUUCUCAAGACCAAUGCUACAAAGGCAGGUCACACCUACUGGCUUUUCAAAGGUAAGGACCAGGACAUAGUAAAGCUGUACGAUCUGACCAGUCUGUGCUCAGAUGGACUCAUGAAGGAUGGGCAGAACCCCUUUACAGUCCCAGUAGCUAUGCUGUUCUACAGGGUGGCUCGCAAUAUGAAACAUUCCACCGAGCCUUCCUCCAUGAAACCGGGAACCAUCAGGGCUCUUCUCAAGAACUGUGUGUCUCUCCUACCCAGGGAGAAAUAUCCUCAGAUAGUGACAUCGGCCCACUACAUGUUGUCAGACCUGUACAUGCCUUUGACUGAGGAAAUUAAGGAUGAACCAGUGUCUCCAGAGCCCUCCGGUGAGGAUGAGGAUGAGGAGCAGAACACUUCGCCCAUCCAGAGUCUGACAAUAUCAAACGACAUGCAGCCACCUCCUUUGCCGAGGUAUGUGCCUCCUCCUCCUGUGGUAGGCAGCAUAGCUCAGAGGGCUGGUCCUGCUCUGGAACAUGUCUUGGCAGGACUGCAAUGUUUGCCAUUCUUUGAGAUUUCAGACCCAACUACAGACAAGACAGAAAAGAAUGAGCCAGACCAGGAGCCCAAGAUGGCUCAAUCACAUCAACCUAUACCGAUGCCUUACAGUUCCUUGACACCAGAAAAGACAAAAGAAAACAAAACCAAAGAAGUAAAACCAUCGUCAAAUAAAAGAAAACACAAGAAGAAAAAACAUGAAAACAAGCGAUCUGAAAAACCAAGUAAAGUAAAAGCAAGUGAAUCUUCUCCAGAGGAAGAAAAUAAAGAAAGCAGCAUUUUGGAUCAGUUUCCUGUUUAUUUUUGGAAUUCUGACAAGAAGGCCCUGUUGAAGAAGCAACAGGUAAUGGCUAUGCCUACCUGGGAGACCAUAGACACAAUGGACAAUGCGUCUUGGAAAGACCAUCUUAGGACACUCCUGUACGAGAAAGCGUGUCUGGUGUUCUACCAGUUGGCAGAAGAGGCUUACAAAGAAGAAAGGCACGGUCAUUUACUGCGGUACGUGAGACGGGUGUUACUGUGUCACACACACAUGGCACGGGGCUGUGGUCGCUGCCACACACUGAUCAGCGCAAUGUUGGGUCGUGCAGGUGACAGCUGCUUUCACAUAGCACAGAACUGGCUCCAUGCUGAGGCUUACUUCUCAGACUACAGCCAGCAAACUGAGGUAGACAAGGCUCUUGAUGAGGAGAUGGCUUUGGACAUACCCAACUGUGAAUAUCCUUAUGAGUGUAUCCUGAUUCCGAAGAAGUUUGAAUCCAAGGAGCAGAUGCUGUUGAGUGCUUGCAGCUGUUACCAGCAGGCUCUCAUGCUUAGACCUUGUGAUGCCUUGCGGAGUCGGCUUGGUAAUGUGCACAACGAACUCAGUGGCAUCUAUAUGAACAAGAUAAUGGAGACAGACCUAACAAAGUUAAAUGAGAUUGCAACAAAAACUCAAUUGGAUACCCUGAUCACUCUGGCCCAGCAUCACUUGAAUCUGGGUAAAGCACAGUUUGCUGAGAUGAACCAGGCCAACAAUCUUGCACUGCUGUACUCCAAUGCAGGCCGACUCAAUCGGUUGCAGGCUCAUUUUCGGAUAAAUCCUCUCCAACCCAGCCUUAAACCCGUGGAGCGUAUGUAUUAUGAAAAGGCCAUACAGCAGUAUCAAGACGGGCUCAAGACCCUGGGUAACCGGAAGUCUGAACCGGCAGUGUGGGAUACCAUCAUGUUCGAACUGUCGUCCACGGUGUAUACCAUGGCCACCCUGUACCAGGACAAUCCUCCUUCCAUGGGAGAAAAGUCGCAAGAGGAAGUCGAACGAGAGUCAAUAGAACUAUUAACUAGGGCUUUACAAGCGCAAGAUCUCGAUGACCAAGACCCAGUACGCCAUGAUAUUUACCACAAUCGGGCUGCUAUGCUACAUUAUCGUUUGGGCUCUUUCUAUCAGCAUAUGUACAGAACAAAACCAAUGGAAGAUUCCAAAAGGAAGAAUGUACUUCGCCUGGUCAAUUUACACUAUGACAAAAGUGCCUUACUGAUGGAUGUUUCUCAAUAUCCCCUUGAGAACCUGAGACUUUGGUUGGAACGUUUUGCCUUACAGGACUUUUUUUCUGAAAAUAGUAACACUAACAACGGAAAGGUGAAAGCUUUGCAGCUUGGCCUAGACUACUUGCUAAGUUCAAAAACAGCAGUAGAGUCAAUCAUCAAACGUUCUAGACAAGGAAAUGAAUCGGAGACGCAACCACAAUUGCAAGAAGAGAAAGAUCUUCUUGAAUUACUUGAGUCAAGACUUCAAUUUGUUCUCAAGUCUCUAGCAAAGCUUGCUUUGUCCAGUACAAACCCCAAAGUGUCGAGUUUGGCAGCUACUUACAAGGAAAUGUACAGUUUUACCCUGAAGAAGAAACCACAAGUAUUUCUUCCAAAGCACCUUCAUGCAACACUGGAGGCCAUAGAGCAACUUCGGUGAUGUUCCGACAGUUGUAACCACCUCUUUUAUUGUAAUGUAACUGGUGCUCAUUGUAGACUUAACUAACAUAUAAGUUUUACAAUUUUAAUUAGUAAUAGUUAAUGACUAAAGUUAAGCUUAGUUUAUACAAUGUAUAUUCAUGUAUACAUGUAAUAUAAUUUUUACACUGUCUGAUUUUAUACAAUCAAUACUUAAUUUGUAAUACGCUGUGAAUAAUGUUAAGAUUUUACACUGUUUAUGUCAAGCAAUAUAAGAGUGUAAAUCGUUCAUAUACAAACAGUUAUAGUUUUGUUUUAAUUUUACAAAUGUGAUGGACUGAUUAGAUCUCAUAGUUUUACAUUAUUUGGUAACUUUACCAUUUAUUUUUACAUAAUUAAAAGCACUGUUUUAUGUGUACCACUAAUUUUUGAUAAAAACAUGAAUUAUUA